AGCCAGUUCCCCCCCCCGCCUCCCUCCGCUCCCGGCUCCCCCGGCUUCCCCCCCCCCCUGCAGUCGGUCACCUCCAGAGCCGCGCCGGAGCGGGGCCUCCCGGUGGGGUCAGAGGGGAACGGCGGCGAGCAGCGGGACGGGUGUCGGCAGGCGGGGAGCUCUGCGGUGUGAGGAAGCUGUGGUGCAUCAUUACCUGCUGGAAGCAAUCUCAAGUAUCAACAAUGAACUCAAUUUUAACAUUGUUUUUUUCUGGAAUGGUUGCCUGUUAUAGUCACCCUGCUGGCAAUUCAGUAUCCAGGUUACUUCUUGUGUCCUUUGAUGGCUUCAGAGCUGAUUAUUUGGAAACCUAUAAACUUCCUCAUCUCCAGGAGUUCAUUGAUGAUGGGGUACUUGUGAAAGAAGUGAAGAAUUCUUUUAUCACCAAAACUUUCCCAAACCAUUAUACCAUAGUGACAGGUUUAUAUGAAGAAAGCCAUGGCAUGGUGGCUAAUGACAUGUACGAUCCAGAUGCUAAGCAGAAGUUUUCACAGUUCAAUGAUUCAGAUCCCUUCUGGUGGAAUGAAGCAGUUCCAAUUUGGGUAACAAAUCAGCUGCAGGGAAAUGGAGCAAGCGCUGCUGCAAUGUGGCCUGGUACUGAUGUAAAAAUUAACAAUACAGCCCCUCACUUCUUUAUGAAAUACAACUUUUCAGUGACAUUUGAGGAGAGAGUGGAGAAGAUUGUUGCAUGGCUGAACAGCUCUAAUCCAGUGGUCAGUUUUGCUACGUUGUACUGGGAAGAACCAGAUGCAAGUGGGCACAAGUAUGGACCAGAUGACACCGAGAAAAUGCGAAAAGUUUUAGAAGAAGUGGAUAAUCACAUUGGCUUCCUUACCAAGAAACUGAAGGCUUCAGGUUUAUGGGAUACUCUUAAUGUCAUAAUUACAAGUGAUCACGGAAUGGCCCCGUGUUCUGCAAACAAGCUGAUUAUCCUGGAUGACUGCAUUGGUCGAGAUAACUACACUCUGAUAGACAGGACUCCAGUUGCUGCAGUGCUGCCAAAACAGAACAAGAGAGAUGUGUAUAACUUGCUGAAAAAAUGCAACAGUCACAUGAAAGUGUAUCUCAAAGAAGAAAUUCCAGACAGAUUUCAUUAUCAUCAUAAUAAGAGAAUUCAACCCAUAAUUCUGAUUGCAGAUGAAGGGUGGACUAUUGUACAGAACGAGUCACUUUCAAAAUUAGGUGACCAUGGCUAUGACAAUGCUCUCCCAAGCAUGCAUCCAUUCCUGGCUGCCCGAGGGCCUGCUUUUCAUCAGGGUUACAGGCAGAGCACGAUGAACAACGUUGAUAUUUACCCCAUGAUGUGCCACAUCCUGGGACUGACACCACAGCCACACAAUGGCACUUUCAGUAACACCAAGUGCUUGCUCGCUGACCAGUGGUGCAUAAAUCUUCCAGAAGCUAUUGGGAUAGUUCUUGGGGCUUUUGCAAUCCUGACUACUUUCACUUGCAUUAUAAUCAUCUCCAAGAAGAAAAUAGCUCCCCCGCGGCCCUUUUCCCGGCUUCAGUUACAGUCUGAUGAUGAUGAUCCUUUAAUUGGAUAGCCUGGAGGAAGCCUGGGAUUGCUAAAUAGGGAUUUCAGGAAGAGUUUGAACUUGCACUGGAUGGCCUUUUUCAUGCACUUUAAUGGGAUCUGUAUAAAAUACUGUACAGUCAGAUUUUUGCUAACUUGUUUCUGUGUGCUACCUGACUCCUAGUCCUCUCAGUAUAUUUUCAGAACAAUAUGGUGAACGGGUGGCUUCCUAAUGGAAGAGAUGCUUAACAAUGUGAGGAUACUUAGCUUCUUAUUCAAGUUUUUGAACACUUUUCAAGAUGAAAUUCCAGAGUAUGAACUAGCCAGGAUAGACUAAGUUAAUUUUAACCUUUGUAAAUGAUAAUUUUUUUAAAAUUAUUAAAUUAAUGUUGUCUGCUUUUAGUGUUCUUGUACCUGUACUGGAAAAAAAACUUUUUGAGAGUUACAAGUUAGUCCUGUUUGGGAAGUGUAUUCUGAUUUCUUCUUCAAUUUAGGUAUAGGGGGUAUAGAGAUGAUCCAAUACUUCUGUUUCCAUCCUAAGCCAGCAAUAUGACAAAGAGAACAGAAGUCAUCAAGGAAAGAAUUGGUGCAUAUCACUUCUGUUUUCCAGUGAUACAAAGUACAGAGUUGAGCAAUUCCAACACCAGACAGAUGGCUCUGACAGGUUCAUGGAUGACAGUUCUGCAGCUACUGCACCCAGAUAAUUGGAUGGUACUACUUGCUUGUCUCAAGGAUGUAGAUUUAAUCUGAGAGGCCUUGGAUUAAUCAGUUUAAUGGGCUGUAACAGUAAAAUUACUUCUAAACCCUGUGGAAGGUUUUCAAGGUGUAAACUUUGUUGAAGGUGUUUUUUUUAAUAAAGGUGGUUCUGCCCUGUGUACUACCUGAUCUUUAUCUUUUGAAGGCUGUUAUGUGCUAAAUACAACUGAACAUUUUAACAUGUAUUCAUCAAGCAAAGAUUCCAAACUUUUAUUUUAAACCUUGGAAAUUAAAAGGAAAAAAUUAAUUUUUUGAGAUGUUACCUGUUGUGUCUAAAUUGUGUAGAUGUAAAGUUCUGGUGAAGACCAGAGCUAAUGGUUCUCUUGAUUGAAACUUCUGAUUCCUUGUUAGUCUUCAGCUCUAGUAACUUGUCACAGAAAACUAUUUUUGAUUUAGAAAGCCUUAGUGGCACUGUUAGUGAGCAAAGAAUGUGCAGUUAAAUUGUUAAUGCUAACCCAAAAAGAGAACUGCCAUUGCCAAGUCUUUUUCCUACAAGUUUAAUGGUUUUAACAACUGGUAAUUUGAAGUCAGAGCUACCUGGUAGCAUGCAAUGUCAUUUUUUGUUCACAAGGUCAAACUCAGUAAAUACAAUUUCAUGUUGUA